AUGUUGAUGUUCAUUCAUAAAGCGACGCUCAGUUGCUUCUGCAAACUUUUAACGACGAGCGUGUCGUCGCAUGCGUGCAUCGUCACUGCCGUUAACAGAAUGAUGUCCACCGGAUGCCAGGAUUAUGACGAAAAGGUCGUCCCUAAGGACGAAGUCAUCAGAUUUAUCCAGGAUUGCAUGUGCAAGGCCGGUACCACGCUGGAAGACGCGUACACUGUCGGACAUCACUUGAUGAUAGCAGACUAUAGAGGUCAUUUUAGCCACGGGAUGAAUAGGAUGCAGAUGUACGUGAAAGACAUCGAGAACAGAAUCACCGAUCCUAUCGCUCGGCCGCAGAUUGUCACCGAUUUCCAGGCAAUAGCUCUCGUAAAUGGGAAAAACGCGCUGGGCCAAGUGGUCGGCAAAUAUUGUAUGGACCUCGCCGUGGAAAAGGCCAAGAAAUUCGGCAUCGGCAUGGUGGCGGCACGUGGCUCCAAUCACUAUGGCAUCUGCGGCUACUACACCAUGAUGGCGAUGGAGCAAGACCUGAUCGGUUUCAACUGCACCAACACGAGUCCGCUGAUGGCGCCGACGCGCAGCGUGAAAGCCGGUCUAGGGACGAAUCCGUUGUCCUUGGGUAUGGCUACGGGCGACGGCGACGAAUUUCUUCUCGACAUGGCGACCACCACCGUCGCCCUGGGUAAGAUCGAGCUAGCCAUUCGGAAGGAGAAGGACAUCCCCGAAGGCUGGGCGCUCGGAUCUGACGGAAAAGUGACCCGCGACGCCGAGGAGGCUUUCAAAGCUUCCCUGUUGAUGCCUCUCGGCGGCUUAGAACGCAAUUCCGGAUACAAGGGUUACGGUCUAGCCUUGAUGAUCGAGAUACUCUGUGGUAUCCUCAGCGGGAGUCAAUUUGGACCGAACAUUCGUCCUUGGAAGACCGGCGAUAGGGUCGCCAAUCUCGGACAGUGCUUUAUGGCUAUUAAUCCGGAAGUGUUCGCGAGCGGAUCGAAGAAGAGAUUGUCGACCUUGCUUAAACAGCUGAGAGACUUGCCCGUCGCCGGCGAGGAACCCGUUCUGAUCGCCGGCGAUCCCGAGAGACAUCAUAUGAAGAAGGUUGAUAGAGAAGGUGGGAUUACGUAUCAUCCAAAUCAACUAAAAGCCUCGGAAGAAUUCGCUAAGCAUAUGGGCGUGCGACCGAUGAAACUCGUUUCUAAAUCUGUUUGAUUUUUCGCUUAUAAACGGGAAGAUCAACGAAUUAAUCUAUUUCAUUUUGUUUCUUAUAUCUCGCCAUUGGUUCGAUUUUUCUGACGUAAAAUAUGGAAGAUAAUCCAAAAUUAAUAAAGGCCGAUUUGUAUCCAGUGAAGAAUUAUUAAUCGUUAUUGAUACUAAAUACAAAGAUUUUUUUAUUACGAUAUGUAUAUAUUUUGAUACCGAUUUAUUAUAUACGUAAUAUAUUACGUGAUAUUUUAUCUUUAAUAAUAUAUUUGUUAGAAAUAUUUUAUUUAUUCGCUUUAUGGAAUAAUAGCUUCUUUAAAUAUCUGAAAACAUAUCGAAAUUGUUGAUGUAAGAUUUAUAUAAAGUUGACGAUGCUUAUUUCAAUUACUGAGUUGUACAAAUAAUGUUUAUUAUGCAAGGCAAAUCAGUUGGCGUGUACAAUUCGAUGAUUUGAUGGAGGAUACAAUAUUCACUACGAUGACAUAAUCAAUGUUGCGAUUUGAUCGCCGGUCGAUGAUGAUGACGACCUUGGACUUGCUCGCUCGUUCUCGAUUACAGUUGUUACGUCUUUGCAAAUGGGUGUCACCGAUAAUAUAAGACUCA